AUGACUUCAAAUAUCAAAUACAGAAUACAGCAAACCAACGCAACCAAAAGAACUAAGAAGGUCGGUGUCACCGGUAAAUACGGUACUCGUUACGGUGCUUCCUUGAGAAAGACCGUCAAGAAGAUGGAAAUCACUCAACACGCUCGAUACGCUUGUCCUUCAUGUGGAAAGAACGCCGUUAAGAGAACCGCCGUCGGUAUCUGGAAAUGUAAAGGAUGCGCCAAGGUCUACGCCGGUGGUGCUUACACUUUCGGUACCCCCUCAGCCGCCACCGUACGAUCAACCAUCAGACGAUUAAGAGAAGUUGCUGAAGUAUAA